AUGUUUCGGGUAACCAGGGCAGAGAACACAAGCCUCCGAGGCUCUGUGGUCAGCCCUUUACGAGAGCUGCAUCCACGUUCUGUGAAAAUUGUGAGAUGCUUCAGGCUAGAGGAGAAGAAAAUGAGGUUAGCAAAGCCAGAAACUCGUCGGGACCACUUGGCUUGUCAGAAGCCUACAGGGCCUCUCAUCUGUCUGCGUGUCUUCUAG